ACACCGGCCAUGUGUUUGCACGCGGAAGUGGAUUGUAAAUAGGAUUUGACCUUAAAAGCAUGAGAAAUGCAUGUGGGUAUAACAUGCAAUAGUCUCAUAUUUCCUGCAAUACAAACCACAGAUCAGUGAAUUUAUCAGGAUUUUUUUUUUUUUUUUUUUUUACAUUUUAUUCCUUCCGAUGGAUCCUAACUUGCUGUACUGGAGGAGCCAGGGCCAGUCUUUCUUCAGUCGACUGCGAAUCUGGUGCAACCUUCUUGAUCCGAGCUCCCUGCUCGCCUCUGAUGCUGAGAUACAGAAAGCCCGCUCCCUGCUUGUAAGUGGAGAGAAACCAAAUGAAGAAGAUGAACACGCAUGGACUCUCUCCCUUUCGUCUGUCCAUGCUGAUUCUGGAGCUGUAAUUCCCACAGUUUUCCGUCCUCCAGCUUUAUUGCCAAUAUCAGCUCCUUUGGUUGUUGCCAGCUUGGUGCCUCACCGCGGUGUUACCCCAGCUCUGUUUUGGCAGUUUUUGCUGCAGAGUUACAGCGCCGGGUUCAACUACACAAACAGGAACUCUUCGUCAGAACAGGGCCAGAAGCCAUCGUUGAAGCAGGCUCUGCUGGUUGUUGGGGCGGUUGCCUAUGCCACAUGUGCAGGGGCGGUCCCUCAGAUUGUCAUUCAUCGACUUGGAAUAAGCGCCGUACCACUCCAGGUUUUCUUCAGGUCGAUAUUACCAAUCCCUCUUUCAGCUGCUCUGGCCUCCUUCAAUAUGUACACUAUCCGAAGUGAAGAGUCAGAAAAUGGAAUCCAAGUGUUUGAUUCCAAAGGAAAUCCUGUCGGGAUCUCAAAAGCAGCAGGAGAAAAGGCUGUGAGAGACACUGCGUUGUCAAGAGCAGCACUGUUAGGCACAACAGCCGCCGUUCCCAAUCUCCUGUUUUUCUUCUUGCAGAGGACAAGACUUUUCCAGAGGAACUCUCUUCUGGCCACUCCUGUCCGUCAUAUGAGCGCUGCGAUUGUUCUGGGCCUGAUGAUCCCCGUCUCGUUCAGUCUCUUUCCUCAGCUGGGAACGAUCGAAAGGGAAAAUUUGGAGAAGGAGCUGCAGGACGCGGCUGUCGACGGCCAUUUAUUCUAUCACAGAGGACUGUAAAGAGCAGCUUGCACUGAUCCACUGACUGAACAGGAGUAAAAACAAAAAUCAAGACUGAUGCUGCAUCAUCUCCAAUGUCAGCUCCUAUAUUUUGGCCAAAUUUGUGUAAGAUGAUGACAAAAAUGGCUUGGUUUUUCCUUACAUCUGCAGCAGGGACCCUAAACAGCUGCAAACUGAAGGUGCAUGAUCAUAAAAUGCAAAAAUGGAUUAUUUUUCUCUCAGUGUUCAUAUGGAUUUUUUUUCUAACCCUAUUUAUUACAUUCAAAGAAGCUUGAAUGUUGUUUUUGAUAGUAAAUUUAUUUAAUGGGAAUAUUAGGUGCAUUUAUAGAUAGGAAAUAUUACAUCAAUCCAUGAAAAAUACAUUAAUUUAGUUUGCAAAGUUAAAUGAGCAUUUCUAUAUAUUGCACACAGUGUCUUAUAUGAAAUACUUAGGCACAAAACCAUCCUUUUGGCAAUGGUAUGAUAGUAAAAUAACACAGAGUUAUUCACAAAGGAUACCUCGAUAAAAAUAUAACCUGAACAUUAAGACACACAAUAUGCAACAAAAAUCAAUGAGCUGGUCCUGUGGACAUGGAAGCAUCGAUCGUCGUUUCUCGACCAGUUGCAGAAAAACGAACAUUUCCAGCUUUGUGUUCUAAUAAACCAUCUAUCAGAAAGAGUGUUGUGUUUGAAAAAGAAUUAGAGCGUAAAAAAUGAUGCAAAUUGCUUGUUUUUCAGUUUUAAGUUGUGGAUGGCACUAUGGUCAUUAGUAAAUAUAUAAAAAAACGAGACAUUGUUCAAAAGAUUAAAAUGUAAAUAAAACCAACACAUCGUA